AUGGUUGCUGAACUUGGACAAUAUGUUCAUGCAAUUGGGACGGAUUCCAGCAAUUUGAUGGAACCCCAAAGUAUCAAAGCGAUUUACAUUGAACCUACUAAGGGACAACGUACUGGGCACCGAUGUGUUGAAGCUUGGGCUGCUGCCGAAGGUGUUACUUCCAUGAAGUUUUUCGAUAAGAAGAGAGAUUUGGAGACAUUUCAAGAUGGCAAUCAAGUUGCAGGAGUGGAUGACACGGAACAAGGUUACUUAGAAGAAGCCUUUGAUCAGGACUAUGAACCUGAAGAUGAAGAUGAACAUGCAGACAAUGAUGUCGAUGAUAUGCCAGAACUCACUGUCAGAUUCCGUGGAGAUGACGACUAUGAAUCAGACGACAAUUUGGGUGAUGAAGGCAAUGAAGAGGAAGAACCUAUUGUGGCCGAUUUGGAUCACCAUCAAGAAAAUGUCGAUAGAGGAACCGAUAAUAUUGGGAGUCUCGUUACUGAUCUGGAGGACCUACAAGAGCCGCCAGAAGAAUAG